GCGCGUGCGCGCGCGUGUGUGGUUUGAGUGUGUGCGCGCGCGGGGCCCCCAAGAUCCCCGCAGACCCCGGGAAGGAGGAGUUAUGUAGAUUACCGAUGAACAUUCUGGAGGGGAGCAGAGAGGAGGGAAGGAGCUGUGGAGGCAGUGAGCUGGGAGCGGCUGAGGCCCUUCCCGCAGAAACUGGGGGCACCGGCGGCGUAGGAGGUGGAGAAGGCGGAGGACGCACGGGCUGGAGGCGGCGGCUGCGACUCGGCGGCGCUGGGAAUCGGAACCGCGGGUGAACUUGGGCGCCACGUUCCGGGCGACGGCCGGGGAGUGGGCAUUCGGAAAGAGGGCGAAAACGCAGGGGAGAGCUCGUCCAUCCGUUGAGGCACAGUUCACUAUGAUCUUACUCGCAUUCAGCUCUGGAAGAAGGUUGGAUUUCGUGCAUCGUUCGGGUGUGUUUUUCUUGCAAACCUUGCUUUGGAUUUUAUGUGUUACAGUCUGCGGAACGGAGCAGUAUUUCAAUGUGGAGGUUUGGUUACAAAAAUACGGCUACCUCCCACCAACUGACCCCAGAAUGUCAGUGCUGCGAUCUGCCGAGACCAUGCAGUCGGCUCUAGCUGCCAUGCAGCAGUUCUAUGGCAUUAACAUGACAGGAAAAGUGGACAGAAACACAAUCGACUGGAUGAAGAAGCCUCGAUGUGGUGUACCAGACCAGACAAGAGGCAGCUCUAAAUUCAACAUUCGUCGAAAGCGCUAUGCAUUAACUGGACAGAAGUGGCAACACAAACAUAUCACUUACAGUAUAAAGAACGUAACUCCAAAAGUUGGAGAUCCUGAGACCCGGAGAGCAAUUCGCCGUGCCUUUGAUGUGUGGCAGAAUGUAACUCCUCUAACGUUUGAAGAAGUUCCCUACAGUGAACUAGAAAAUGGCAAACGUGAUGUGGAUAUAACCAUCAUUUUUGCUUCUGGUUUUCAUGGAGACAGUUCCCCAUUCGAUGGGGAGGGAGGAUUUUUGGCACAUGCUUAUUUCCCUGGACCAGGAAUUGGAGGCGACACUCAUUUUGAUUCUGAUGAGCCAUGGACACUGGGAAAUCCCAAUCAUGAUGGAAAUGAUUUAUUUCUUGUAGCAGUCCAUGAACUGGGACAUGCUCUAGGACUGGAGCAUUCCAACGACCCCACCGCCAUCAUGGCCCCAUUUUAUCAGUACAUGGAAACAGACAACUUCAAACUUCCCAAUGAUGAUUUGCAAGGCAUCCAGAAGAUAUAUGGUCCACCUGACAAGAUUCCUCCACCUACAAGACCUCUACCAACAGUGCCCCCGCACCGAUCUGUUCCCCCGGCAGACCCAAGGAGACAUGACAGACCCAAACCUCCUCGGCCUCCCACUGGCAGACCCUCCUAUCCAGGAGCCAAACCCAACAUCUGUGAUGGGAACUUCAACACUCUAGCUAUUCUUCGAAGGGAGAUGUUUGUUUUCAAGGACCAGUGGUUUUGGCGAGUGAGAAACAACAGGGUGAUGGAUGGAUACCCCAUGCAAAUUACUUACUUCUGGAGGGGCCUUCCUCCCAGUAUAGAUGCAGUUUAUGAAAACAGUGACGGAAAUUUCGUCUUCUUUAAAGGCAACAAAUACUGGGUGUUCAAAGACACAACUCUUCAACCUGGUUACCCUCACGACUUGAUUACCCUUGGCAAUGGAAUUCCCCCUCAUGGUAUUGAUUCUGCCAUAUGGUGGGAAGAUGUGGGCAAAACCUAUUUCUUCAAAGGUGACAGGUAUUGGAGAUAUAGUGAAGAAAUGAAAACCAUGGACCCUGGUUACCCCAAGCCCAUCACCAUCUGGAAGGGGAUCCCUGAAUCACCUCAGGGAGCUUUCGUCCACAAAGAAAAUGGCUUUACCUAUUUCUACAAAGGAAAGGAGUAUUGGAAAUUCAACAACCAGAUACUCAAGGUAGAACCUGGGUACCCAAGAUCCAUCCUCAAGGACUUUAUGGGCUGUGAUGGACCAAUAGACCGAGAUAAAGAAGGACUCAGCCCACCAGAUGAUGUAGACAUUGUCAUCAAACUGGACAACACAGCCAGCACUGUGAAAGCCAUAGCUAUUGUCAUUCCCUGCAUCUUGGCCUUAUGCCUCCUUGUAUUGGUUUACACUGUGUUCCAGUUCAAGCGGAAAGGAACACCCCGCCACAUACUGUACUGUAAACGCUCUAUGCAAGAGUGGGUGUGAUGUAGGGAUUUCUUUUUUCUUUCUUUUCUGGGAGUUUGUGGUAACUUGAGAUUCAAGACAAGAGCUGUUAUGCUGUUUCCUAGCUAGGAGCAGGCUUGUGGCAGCCUGAUGGAGGCUGACCUUCCAAACCUAGAUGGUUGCUGGUCCUGCACAUGAGUGGAAAUAUAAUCAUGGAGAAGCUUCCGUGAUGCACAGUAUCUGCCGUUCUCCAGUCCUCUGUCUUUCUUUGUCAUUCAGUUCUAGGCCUUUCCUCUGCACGCUCAAUGCCCAGUAAAAUUUCAGGAUUAACUGAAGAAGAGGAAAUAUAGAAGAAAAGUUUCUUCUUAAUUUUUUAAAAAUACAUUUCCUUCUGAAAUCUGAGCCCAUUUCUGGGAAAGAGAAAGAAAGAGAGAGAGAGAGAAAGAGAGAGAGAGAGAGAAAAAAGAGCAAAUCAAAAAAACCUGUAGGUUUUUUUUGCUUUAAAGCAAAAGAAGAAAGAGUUUAAAAAACAACAAAAUCCACUAUUGAACUUUCAGGAAAGUGUGAAGAUCCAAAACAGCUUUGUCUCCAAAGAAGAUAGCUCUGUGACCACUAUGGAUAGUCUCCUGCACAUCGUUUUGUCAGGUGGGAGAUCUGGAACACAUGCAGGACGCUAGACUGUUGGGACAGCCAUUUUCCAACAAACAAGGGGCCAAAAUAUCUGCAAUAUAGUAACAGCCUUAAUAAUACAUGCAUUUUUCGUUUUCUACAGCUGUUCUCAACUAUGUCCACACUGUAUCAUCACCUCCAAACUCAUAGCUGUGUUCAAACAGGACCUUUCGGUUGUUUUGAAAUAUUUCUGAACCCCUUUCUGCCUCCUAACCCAGAAUCAUUGUGACGUUCUUCCCAGUUGUGUUAGGCCUUUGUCCCAGGCCGUCCGUUGGUCUGUCAGCAAUACUCCGCGCAAAGCAGAGCAAGAAGCGUUGUGUCUCUGAAGUAAAGAAAGGGAUGGUUAUUUUAUAAAGAUAUGUUACUCUUUAAUACAUCAGUGUAACCCUUUGAGAACUAUCGGACCAGCUUACAGAGUCAGGAUGAUCAGUCUUGCAAUCUGGUCAUUUGUAGAACUGGCCAAAAAGGGGAAGCCAUCGCAGGUUUGAGAAGUUCAGAUUUGUAAAGCAUACCUUACAAUCCCAUGUAAUUCUUCAAUGACUGACAGUACUGCAUACAUGCUUUUAUAACAACCACAAUGAUGUGACUUGCCAAAACUUUUCUGGCAAAUAAAAAAGAUAUUUUGUUUAACAGUAUCUCAUGAGAGUGAAAUUUUAUUUGAAUAAUUGGUUAGAAAAGUCUAAGCUUUUUCUUCGUCAGACAUAUUGUUUUUUUUUUUUUAUUUAAAAUCCACUGCAUGAAAUCACAGUUCGCCAUAAAAUAUGCAGUUAGCAUUGCUUGGUUAAGACUGAAUUAAAAUAAUGACUCUGAGUCGCAUGAAUACCUUCCAAUGCAUUACCUAUUGCAUGUCAGCCAUAGUUCUCAAAGGGUUGAUGUGGCUUCUGGCAUUGAGCCAUCUAUUUGAUCACUGACAAAGCGAAGAGACACCAAAGCAUCCCAUUGUUGAGUGUAAUUUGUCCUAACAGCAGUAUUGUCAUUCUCAUGUGACCUGCAGAGCAGGAUCAUAUCAAUAUUUUUUUCCUAGAGAAAAGUCAGCAACUGACAGACCUCUUUAUUGAUUUUAGAAGCUGCUUCUUGCAGUGAAUGGCUUUGCAGCCACUGGGCUGUGAACUUAUUAGAGAUGGUCAGAAGGAAAGCACCCCAUGAGUUAGACAAUUGGCUUUGUGUGAAAGCCAGCUUUUGAGGGGAUUAGCUUUUGAAACAAUGAACAGCUUGCCUUGAACUUGAUAUUGAUCUGUUGACUAUCAUUAACAACAACUUAAACACUGUCUUCUGUGAGAAUUUUCCUUGAAGAGCCCUGUUCUGUGUCUUUGCCCUUUGACCUUUAACUUGCAAACUGGCACAAACUGAAGGAAAUCUGGUGUCACUUCUCCACUGGAUUGUGAUUCUCUAAAACCUAGUAAAUGAGCUGUUUCCUUCAAGUGGAGAGAGAGUUUUGGUAGUGGAUCUGCAGGCGGCGCUUUGCUCUCUACAUGCACACUCUGAAUAUGCCCUAGAGGUAGAGGUAUUUUUUUUAUUUUUUUUCUUUAAUUUCAAGCUUAAUUUCAUCAUUUUAGUAAAAAUUACAAAAAAAAAUAGGAAAAAAAAAAAACCUCAAAUACUUGAAUGGCCAGUGUGGCUUUUAUAUAAAGCAGGAAUUUUAUACUAGUGAAAAUUUCUUACUCAUUUGCUAACAAUACCCAUUUCCAGAUGAUUUUUAAUGGGUGUAGGUAUACAUUCUUAUUUGGAAAUGGAUAGUUUGGCUGCCUUGAAUUUAUAUUUAUACUCAACAUAGCAUGAAAGUUAGAAUGCCUUUGGUUAAACUACAUGUUUAUGAUUUGGUUGGGGACAACAUUUUUAAUCAUGGGUGGCAUGCUGAAAAGCUUGGCAGAAUGGUGUUUCCUACAAUCUGAGCAUAUUUUGUAAAACUAAGAAAAAGAAACAGGAAAGAGAAAUGGCUUCAUGGCUUCAUAGUACUACAUUAUGCAAUGCAGACUGUACUUCCACAAGACAUUCAGGAUUUUGAAUGUGAGGGUCAAUAACACAGGGAGGGCAAGGAUCGGCACUGUAGCUCUACUUCAGUACUUCCUUUCUAGAUGAUGAGAAUAUUAUAGUUAGUUAUGACAGAGCAUGGAGGACUGUAUACAUAAGCCUGUUUAUACAGUGUUUGCUUGUUAGCGGGUUUAAUCCUUUCAGGACCUUGAUGUCAAGAAAAAAUAAAAAAAUGACUAGAAACGUUUUCUUUUUCUAAUAAUAGAAGUGAGUAACUGUAACCUUUUUGGGACAUGUGCAAAUCAUCGAGGAACUCCAUCAACAUACAUUGAACUUUUUUUUCUCUCAAAAAUCCAAAAGAAAAUCAAUAAGCAAUUUAUUGCCUCCUUACUCAUUCAUCACACUACCCUGAUUCAUCUCAAGACUGUAAGUACCUAAGGGCUAGAAAAUAAUCGUAGUAUUGAAAAGGGAAGAGUCUUUAUUAUGUUUCAAUUCUGGUAAAUAUCAUGGAUAUGAUUUGGGUUUUGUUGCUUUGAAUGUGAGAAGUCUAAUGUACUGAAAAUGGCUUCUAUGUCUACUAUCUUGAUUGGGACCACUGUAAGAUCAAAAGUGAUAAGAAAUAAGUAGAAUGUGAUCAAAAGCAUUGGGCUUCCUUUGUUCACCAUAUGCCAGGCACUUCAUUCAUAUGACUCCUGACUUUUCAUAUGCUUGGGAUUUGUAUUUAAAAAUAAGGUAAUGCUAAAGAAAUCACGAAAAUGAUCAGUGAUGAAAAUAGCAAUUAAUAUUUUUUAAUGAAGUUAUUAGGAUUGAGACCAUAAUGCAAGCUUAAUAUCAGUGAAAGUCACCCAAUCAAGUUUUUUCUGUAACCUCUAAAUGAGUAACUCAGACCUACUGUUUCCAAAAAUGAAAUGAAAACAUAUUCGUAUUCAUAAACUAGUUCAUCUGUUUCACUAUUUUCAUUAUUUCAACAAAUAUGAAGACAACUGUAAACCAGUUAAUGGAAUUUACAUAAAAUAAUUUUCAAGUUUACAAUUUCUGGUAAAUACUGUUUUCCUGUAUAUAAUUAGUCAGACUAAGUGAAAUAUUAAGAUAGGUGAUCAGUUUGACUUCUUUAUAAAGCAGUAAUUCCACAUCAGUACUGUAGAUAAAGUUGUGAUUUUAGGUAAUUGUUAACUCAUCUGAGAACAAAGUUUCUGCAGAGAUGGUUAUAAAAGCAAGUGAAAACAGAUGUUCAUUGCCAUGGCAAGGUUAUAGGACUCAAUUGGUAUACAAUAGAUGUUUCUAACAAAUACAGCUUUGUUACUAAUCAGUUAGCAAGGCUUUUCUGAAUCACAUGUAACAAGUUACCUAGUAAAGAUCACUGAGAGGCAAUUACUAAGUAAUUAAAAAUAGAGACAAAAUUACUGAAACAAGAAAGCAUUACCUUUAUUACUCAAGCUGCCUACAAUCCCUUUCAUCAGCAUGUAAUUUGGCUCUUCAAAGUCUGUACAUGUAAUUUUAUUUCAUUUCUGUGAAUUAACCAAUUAGAAUGCAAUGUAGUUGAUAAGAGUAUUGCCCACGUCUACUGCUCAGUGUGAUAUCUGGAUGAGGGUGUAUAUACUGGGUUCCAGGAAGUAUAAUGUAAUAUUCUCAAGUUCUCCAUGUUGUAUUUAUAUUCUAAUUAUGGCACAAAUUCAGACUCCUGUCACGUGGGUCUUACAAUUGAUUAACUGGUGUGCCCAUAUUAAUUUAACUCAAUGUGCUAUUUGAAGAGGAAUAGAAUAGAUGUUAUUACUUGAAUAGAUAUGUUUAAAAAAGUCAUGAAAAUAAUCAUUUUCUUUUUUUAGGUAUUUGGUAUUUAUUUCCCAAAACAAAUAAAAGCAAUGAUUUGCUGAUAGUUUUGAACCUGUGAGAUUGUAGCAUAUAAUUCAAUAAGCCUGGGGAUGGCAAGCAAGUGUUUACAGUAAUCGCAGCCAAAUGUUCAAGUUUUGAUAACAUAAGAGCAUAUUCCAAGCUGUCAAAGACACAGCAUAACAUUUAAACCACAAGUGUGACAUUCCGAUGAACUAUCACAAAGAGCUGUAAAUAUAAUCUCCACUAAUCUAUGAUAACAAUGAAGAGGUCCAGCAACUUAUUGGUAUAAUCUGACUAUUCCUUAUAAUGGCAGUGACUUCCACAAUACUGAUUUAUAUCAAGUACAGUAAACAAGUGCCAGAGGCUAGAAGUCUAAAUGACAGUUUUUCUGUUGCCUAAGAAGAAAGUUUAAAUGAAUCUCUUCUAAAGGUUGAACUUAGUAAUAAAGAAACUAACAUGAGAGGAGAAUACCACACUGUUGAUAUGAAAGCUACAUUUCAUAAAUAGAGUGAGCAGGGGAGAGGGAUAAAAUGAAUCUUUUGUAAAAUAUAAAGUCAUGUUCUAGCAUUCUGUAAUAUUACAACUGAAAGAUUUCCUACAGCACAGAUGAAAAAAAAAAGCAUAGAAAUUGAAACGUCAAGCCCCUCACACCAGGAAUGAGUACAUAAUUUACCAAUGUAUAUACUUAAUCAGUGCCCAUUAGAUGUCACCUGUGUAAACACAGGUACUCAUCCAUUGCCUCAUAGACCCAUUAUAUUAAAAGUUAAAAGUAUUCACUCAGUAACCGCAGUCAAAACGAUGUUAGAACUCUGUGGGGGGGAAAAAGCCAUUUCCCUAGGAUAUAAAUUUACCUCAGUAAUCAUAUAAUAUAAACACUUGGCAUGGUAGCAAAGGUUGCCUUAGUGUUCCAGUCUGAUCUAACAGUAGACUCCGUCGAUAAUGUACCACUCACAUUAUUUCUUGUGUCUUACUAUUGGUGUAAAUUUGAGUUGAUUUUGAAAUAUUUCUGGUCAUAUCAAGAACAUCUAAUUAUCAAUGUCUUCUUCGAUAUGUCUACACUGAAAUAUGAUCCAACAGUAUAGAAAGCCUAGAAUGAACACUGACUUGACACAGUCACAGAAAUUCAGGAAAAAUAAUCACUGGUUGUAUUUCACAAUUGCCACCAAUUUUUGGUAAAACCCAGAAAUAGCAGCUUUCAAUGUCUAAAUACAGCUAUUGACUGGUAACAGAACAUGACAUGCAUCAAUUCUUUAAAAUAAAUUAAGUUUUUUUUCUAAGUAGUGAUAGAGAGGUAUGAGGAGUUUAGUGAUGUAACAAAAGCUUCACCUGCAUUUGUAAUGAAUGCUUUUUAAGGGAAAUGGGACAAAAUCAAUAACUUGUGAUCAGUACAUCAUAAGCAUAAAUAACUAUAUAUGGAGGGCAUUUAUAUAUGGAGAGAUCUGAGAUUCUAUGUCUUUCAACUAAAAAAGAAGUAAGUCUUUUUUUAUAAUAUAAGGCUGUUCUUAUAUUAACAUAGAAUGAAUUAUUUUAUUCAGAUGUGAGGUCUAUGUGUCAUUCCAUGAAAGGGCACACUGGGCCCUUGAGGAAUGCACACAACAAGCUAGAGUGUUGUGCUGAUUCUCAUGACAUGUCCAUGUGCUCUGCCACAGAGCUAGAUUUGUAUGCCCUUAAGAAGGGACGAAAUUAUCAAAUAUAAGCAUAACUCUUUCCAAUUAGGCCACUUAGCUUCAUAGUAAAUAUCACUUAAUAUUUUUUUUUCUCAAUGAGGAAAUGGAAAGAUAGAAUACUGAGAAAGAAUAAAAGAUACAACAACAAAAAAGAAAAACAUUUUGGCCAACAAAGACAUUUCUACAGUUUCUUUCACCUGUUUUGCUCAUUAAAAGAAAAUUGCAUAAGGACUUCUUUGUAGUACUUGACAGGAAGCUAGACUGGAUCCCAGGAAUAAUACCAUAGGACUUUUAACAUGGGCCAUUUUAUACUUGCCUCAAAUAGUAUGAAGUUUGGUGAGAUGUGACAUGAAAGGAUGCUUUUCCCUAGGAUUGGCUACGGUGCUGCUUGUACUUGGCAUCUUUUAUGAAUAUUUGUUGCUAUGUUGGGCUGUCUUGCCAGUAUACUGAUAAAUAAAGCCUUGUGUGCACUAUCUAUUUGAAGUCACUAGAAUGCAUGUUUUGUUUCCUUUCAUGUGAUACCAAUUGUAGCUCAUUCCCUUUCUAUAUUCCCGCAGCCCACUUGUUAGUAUAAAACCUACUUUAAUUGAAUGGUUUUGUUAGUAAUACAAGUAUUACCCAAUGUAAAUGUCUUCCUUUCUUUUACUACACUGAGAUAUCAGAAGCCACAGUGUCUCCUAAUUUCUUGCUUCUUAUGUAUUCCUUUGUUCAUGUAAAAUUAGGAUUUUAGUUACGAUAGUCAUUUCCCUUUUUUAUAUAAGAUAAGAAAUCCAUUAUUCCUUUCUAUACACAUAAAUACAAUUUUUUACAGUCAAAUAAACAUGGGUAACAAUCGAAAGUGAGGAUCAGAAUUUUCUGCCUUCUUUCUGAGAUCAUUAUUUGAUUCCUUUCAGUCACCAAUUUUUUACCCCUAAUUUUGCUAAUAUUUAAUAAAUCAUAUUUUAUUUCUUCUCUUUUUAAAAACCACAAUUUAGUAGCACUGUAUAGUAUAGUUGGAAUCCUGAAGAAAUGUCUUUGUUUUUCAAUAUUUUCCUUCCAUAAAUUACAUGAAAAACAUAGUCUUUAUCAGAAUCCAAACUCUCUCAUGGGCUUAUAUUUUUAUAGAGCUCUUCCCCUUAGAAUGCUAAGUAUAAUUGCUGUUGUUUGGUGAUAAGACAGCUAUGAAAAAUUAUUUUGGAAAAAUGUACCUAAUAUAAAUAUACAGUACGAUAAAUAUUACGAUAUAGUGUUUAAGUACAUCAGGAGGACAUGAAUGUCUAAAGACUUGACUCUUUGGAAUAUUUCCCUUCCGGGGUAUAUCACAUAUGUAAGAAAGACAUAGAGUAGAAGAAUGGGGUUUGUUACAGCAGUGGCUUCUCCUGCACUGGCUAUGUCUGCAUCAGCAUUUCUUUUGUAGACCUCUAUUUUCAGGGGCUUUAGAGACUUGGUCAUAGAAAAUUGUGUAAAGUGUAAAAGUCUUGAAAGACCUUUUUUUCUUACAUGUUAUCUAAUUUUAAACAAAUAUAUUUUGGUUUUUAUAUUGUUGAAAGUAAAUGG